CCACUCUCAUAUACACUCCUCCAUUCUCUCAUUAUUAUUCAAGUCAUAUCCUUUCAAGAAUUCCCAAUGGCAAGUGUCGAGGUUGAAUCAGUUGCAAACACUAUGCCCGAAAAGGUAGAAAAUAUCAUCCCAGAAGCGCCAAAAGAUGAAUCCGAGCCAAUUGUUGCUGCACCUGAGCCAGUAGUUGAACAGCCAAAAGAGGAAACCACCGUAAUCGAUGCUCCACCGCCCGUAGCCACCCCCGAAGAAGUCCUUGCCAAAGCAGACACUGAAGUAGCAGAGGAGACUACAAGUGAGGUAGAGGAACCAAAGGCAGAGACAGCGGCUCAAGAAGAGCCGGUGGAGACGAUUGCUACUGAAGAAACGACUGAUGAUGAUCAGGCAGCUGUCGUCCCCGAAGAAACUCAUGUGACGAAAGACGCGGAGGCUAAAGAAGCUGUUGAAGAAGAGGAGAAACCAGCUGAGGUUGUUGCCACUACUACUGAAGUACUUGGAACGAAAGAAUAAAGAGAAGUUGAGAGGUUCAAAAUUACGAAUUGGAAUAUUAUUGGAUGUUAUAUUUGUGAUCUUUCGGUUUCUAGCUUGGUCAAACUUUGGUUUCUACUACUCGUAUUGUGUUUAAAUUUACAAAAGCCAUGUGGCGAGAGAUGAUUGGAUUAUAAUUUAUAACAAGUGGGGCACCACUUUGGGUUUGGAAUUUUAA